AGGCAAGGAGCCAAAGCUUUUCCCAAUACAAAGUCAGGAAUGAGGACCAAUCUCCUCGUCUACUGAUCCAAUGGAUUAUCCAAAACCACUCUUUGUUCAUGUACUCAUCUUCCCUUUGCCACUACAAGGCCCCGUUAAUUGUAUGCUCAAACUCGCCGAGCUUCUCUGCCUCGCCGAUUUCCAUGUCACCUUUCUCAACACCGACCACAUCCACCAUCGUCUCCUCCGGUACACCGACGUUCAAUCCCGCUUCACUCGGUAUCCCAAGUUCCGAUUUGAAGCCAUCUCCGAUGGGUUAUCUGAAGACCACCCACGAUCUGGUGAUCGGUUCGUGGAGAUGUUUGAUGCCAUGGAAGCUGUUACAUACCCUCUUUUCACGGAGAUGGUAACUUCCGGGGACCUGAGUUCUAGCUCUGAUCGGCCGGUGACUUGUAUAAUAGCAGAUGGGAUCUUCAGUUUUGCUGUUGAUGUUGCUCAGAAGAUUGGAAUUCCGCUUUUAUAUUUCGAUACUAUAAGUCCUUGUGGUCUAUGGACUUAUUUGUGUGUUCCCAAACUCAUUCAAGCUAAAGAGCUUCCCUUUAAAGGAGAUGAUUUGGAUGCAAAGAUAACAUGUGUCCCCGGCAUGGAAGGUUUUCUCCGACGCCGGGAUCUUCCCAGCUUCUGCCGAUCCAGUGACCUGACUGAACCAGUUAUCCAACUAAUCUUGAAGGAGAACCACGAACUUCCAAAAGCCCAAGGCCUCAUACUCAACACAUUUGAAGAGCUAGAAGGAUCCCUCCUCUCUCACAUGGGUACACUUUGCCCAAAUCUCUACCCCAUUGGUCCCCUGCACACCCACCUCAACACAAGACUCUGCCCAAAAUUGGCAUCAAAACCACCCACUUUUUCAAACAGUUUAUGGGAAGAGGACAAGAGCUGCAUGGUAUGGCUCGAUCAACAGCCAUUAAAAUCUGUGAUUUAUGUAAGCAUUGGUAGUCUUGCUGUCAUGACCAAAGACCAGUUAAUGGAGUUUUGGUAUGGUUUAGUCAAUAGUGGCAAGCGGUUCUUGUGGGUCAGACGGCCGGGCUCCAUCGCUGGCGACUGUUCUGAAAGUCAGAUUCCGACAGAACUCCUGCAAGGCACAAGGGAAAGAGGGUGUAUUGUGGGUUGGGUUCCACAAGAAGAAGUUUUGGCACACCCGGCUAUCGGAGGGUUUUUGACUCACAGUGGGUGGAACUCAACUCUGGAGAGUAUAGUAGCCGGAGUUCCAAUGAUCUGCUGGCCGUACUUCGUUGAUCAACAAGUGAAUAGUAGGUUUGUGGGGGAGGUUUGGAAGCUUGGAUUGGACAUGAAAGAUACUUGUGAUAGGGUUAUCAUUGAGAAGACGAUCAGAGAUCUUAUAGAUGAGAGGAAAGAUGAGUUGAUGGCGAGGGCUGAUCUGAUGUCAAAAUUGGCAAGAGAAAGUGUUAACGAAGGUGGUUCAUCAUUCUGUAAUUUGGAACGUUUGAUUGAGGGCAUAAGAGUAAUGAGCUUGGAAGCUUCACGCGUUUAAUUUUUGGGUGAUGCAUUGAUGCUGUAAUUUUUGCUUUUUAAUGUGGGGUAGGUUGGAGUUGAUAGCACCAAGCACUUUGUUUGACAAUUUUUUUAUGGGGUAAAU